GCGUUGCUUCUUGGUGAUGUUGUUCCUGGCAGGUUGCAUUCAGAUGGAUCUCAACCACAUGCCCAAGCCUGCUAAGACAGCUGAGAAGUGCUCCCUAGACCUGCUGGAUGAAACCUUGUCCUCGGACCGGUUCGUGUCGCUCUUUGAGCAGAAGACGGUCAAGGGCUGGUGGCCUUGCGUUGCAGAAGAGGGCGAGAAGAAGGUCCUCGCGGGCAAACUGGAAAUGACUUUGGAGAUUGUGGCAGAGCAGGAGCAUGAAGAGAGGCCCGCAGGGAUGGGCCGAGAUGAGCCCAACAUGAACCCCAAGCUGGAAGACCCCAAGCGGCCAGAGACCUCCUUCCUGUGGUUCACCUCCCCCUACAAAACCAUCAAGUUCAUCCUGUGGCGGCGGUACAAGUGGGUCUUCCUCGUCAUCUUCGUGCUCUUCAUCUUGCUGCUCUUCCUCGGGAUCUUCAUCUACGCUUUCCCGAACUACGCUGCUAUGAAACUGGUGAAGCCUUUCAGCUGAAUCUGUGCCGGGGACCGGUGGGAGCGUUGAAUACCUGCUAAGAUACUGCCUGUGCCUUUGGGGAUGAGAUGCCAGCCACGGCAGCCUCCGGAGAAGAUGCCGCGUGCUGUCUCUGAUGCUAUCCCAUUGCCAAAAUGAAGAUACUGCUCCCAUCUGCGCAGCCCCACCUACCUUCUUCACCUCCUAAGUGGCCUGUACCCGAUGCCAAAGAUGGAAUAUUUGCUAUUUCCCUUUUGGGGGCUUUCUUGGGGGUUUGUUUGUUUUUUUCAAUGCUCUGUUUUGUAAAGCUCAAUUAUCAAUGCAAAAAUGGCCCUUUCUGCGGGGAAUGGCUUGCACAGACUCUAGGAGGGUGCGCUGAAAACGUAGACCUGCUGCAGCUUGUAACAAAGGAGUAGGAGGUGUGAGCCCCGAGCCCGGGUGAAGUCUCGCUGUCUCCGUCUCCUGCCUCUGGGCCGUGGGGAUUGGGGAGCUUUUAUUACAGAGGAGGCGCGCUGGUUAAGCAAAGCCCCUGCGCACAUCUCCCACCCAUGGGGGCUCUUUCCGCUUAGCAGAAGGUGGUGGGAUACGACCCCGAGGAGGACUGGAGCAAAACUCCCUGGGACACCAAGGAAAGCUUUGCGAGAUUCGGGCUUUUUCACUCCAUUUCUCUCCCUCGCACCCUUCUACCUCUUCCUGGGUGGACACGUCCCCCUGCAACUGUUCACCUCCACCGCGGCGUGGCUGUGGGGCUCGGCACGAGCGGAGCGAGCAGAUAAGGCCAGGACCGCGUCUUGCGGGCGUAGGUCCUGUUCUCCCCCGGGACCUGCGCUCCGCAGCCUGAGGGCAGGUCCCCGCGGCCGCGGUCCAGCGCGCAGCGUUACAAUCAGCGCCGUUCCUCUGCCGCCAGCUCGGGACCGCGGGGCGGACGCAGAACAGCAGACGCCCCCGGGGGAACUCCCUGCCGCAGGGGGUGGGAUGAGGCAAAGACCUGGCCCCUUUCUUUUCCUAGCCCUUCUCUGAAAGCAGGGUGGGCCACAGAUUAGCCCUACAGGUU